AUGAUCGCUACGAAAUCCAUCAGAAGUUGGGAUAUGGGGGUUUUCGAGGGACAAGGUCUCAGCCAAAAUCAGUGGGUCUCGUUGAAGAUCACGACCGCAAAUUGGCCAAAAUCGCGCGAGCUGCAAAACCGAAGACUUCUCGAAAGGCAUUCUGGUGUAAAUCUUUCCUCUCAAUAUAUUGUUCAGCUACUUGAUGACUUUACCCAAUAUGGCCCUAACGGAGCCCACCAAUGUCUUAUAUUCGGAUUGCUUGGUCCUACAGUUGAUAUGGUCCUCGCAGGUUAUUCCGAGGGCAAAGAUAAGCUCGAGCCAGAAGAAAUACUUCGAAUGUCUACGCAACUCCUGAGAGCUAUUGAGCUUGUUGAUGAUAUAAGCGACCGGAAUGACGUAUUUACUUGCAAUAAACUGUUGAACUCACCCGAGAAAGAGCUUUCCAAUGUUCUUGGGUUCCUAGAAAUCGAGCCGCUGGCCCACAAUGAUGGUACGCCUUCAGACAACGGAUUGCCAACCCAGCUGGUCAAGGCAGCAUAA